AUGUACUUUUUACGGAUACACCAUGUGGGAGCCAAGACCGACUUUGAGCUGCAGUUCGAGAAUUUUAGCUGCAAAAGCAGCGAAGACAGCGAAAAUCCCAUUGAAAGAUACAACUGCGGUCUCAACAAGAACGUAAAGCGGCGAACUCUGCACAUGGAAUUCUCAAUGCGGGAGGAAUUAAAGGAGUUUGACUUUCACAUAGGCAUCAUCAUGCCACGCCGACCCGUUGACUUUGUGCUGCUUAAUCUCACCGUAGAUGGUUGCCAUCUGCUUUCGAAUAAGAACCAAGUGCCCCUGAUGCGUCUGUCCAGGGAAAUCCUCGAUCGUUACAGCAACUUUCCACGGCAAUGUCCUUUUCAACGGGGCAAAACUUACUACAUACGCGCCUUCCGCUUGGACCUAAGCCUGAUACCGGCGAUGAACAUGGAAACGCCGGUGAGACUGAAGUUUGCCUAUAUGCGGCGUCAGUUGCCCAUGCUGCAAGGUAAAAUUGUGGCAAGAGUACAGCGCACAACCAUUGCGAAGAGAAAGGAUUAG